AUUUCAGGGACUGUCGCACCUCACCGGGGAUACAUUCUUCUCCACACCCACCGUCCUCCUCCCGAGUACCCUGCCAAAUUUAAGUCGCCACUCUUCCGCGAACUGACACGGAGGACAAUGAAAUGGGGCGCUCUCGUCAAUUUUUCCUGGUCUCCAGAUCAGGCUGUCCAUCCUGACUACUCUGGCAUGGGCGAGCAUUUUACGGAUGGCCUUGAGAUGUAUCGCGCUACUGCGUUCUCCAUUCUCGGCCACCGGCUGGACGUUCCAGAAGUAUCCAUGGCGAACAUAGAUGCUGUCGAACAGAAUCUCCGGUUGCAUGUCGAAGCAGUAGAGUCAAAGUAUGCACUGAUUUCCCGAGAUACACAAUUGCACCUCUACGUGUGCACGCACGCACAGCGCGAUUGCAGAUGUGGCGACACGGGCGGAGAAGUCGCGCACGCUCUACGACAAGAAGUGCAGAAACGUGAAAUGUCCGCAAAGCAAGUCUUGGUAGGCGAAGUCGGCCAUGUCGGCCAGCAUAAAUUUGCGGCCAACCUCUUGGUAUUCCCUUACGGUGAUUGGUUGGGAACUCUGCAGGAGUUCGACGUUUCGACAGUCCUAGAUGAGAUCCUCGAGAAGCAUCAAUCUCAUACUACUGUUUCUCUGAAUGCUCCUCCAAUCGGUGGGAUACACUGGCGCGGGCGCAUGGGUCUAGACAAAGAGAUGCAGAAAGCGAUGAUG